UCAUUGCGAUGGAGACGGCACUUCGCGACGGGCCGAGCUGAGACCGCAAAUGGAUAAGAGGCGUAAACUGUGGAGUCGCUUGCCGCUGGUCUCGUUUCGUGGAUCUCGGAAGAAAGCGUCGAUCGGCCCUGCCUCGGAGGCUCGCCACAGGAGAUCAGACUGAACAGAGAAGUGGGCUGUGCCCCGCAUUCACCUAAAUUCCGCAGGUUUCAAUGUCAUAACUGAGCGAGAAGCUCCGCACGGAAGUGUUCAGCAACGCCUUUCUUUUGGAUAAGCUUCAGCUACAGCCCAAAGUAGAGGAGCGAGACGCCCUUGUGGAACGGUGACAGCAGGGACCACACUCCUUCAUCCAGCGCCAUGGAGGAGGAGGGGCAGCAGAGUUUGGAGUGCAUCCAGGCCAAUCAGAUCUUCCCAAGGAAGCCCCCUGUCCUGGAGGAAGAGGACCUGCAGGUGCCCUUUCCGGAGCUGCAUGGAGAGUUCACGGAAUACGUCGGCAGGGCGGAGGACGCCGUCAUCGCCAUGUCAAGCUACCGCCUGCACAUCAAGUUCAAAGAGUCCAUCGUCAAUGUUCCCCUGCAGCUGAUAGAAAGUGUGGAAUGUCGGGACAUGUUCCAGCUCCACGUCACCUGCAAAGACUGCAAGGUUGUCAGGUGCCGGCUCUCCACGUUCGAGCAGUGCCAGGUGUGGCUGAAGAGGCUGGCAGCAGUGGCACGGCCCCCCUCGCACCUCGACGGCCUCUUCUCCUUCGCCUUCCACGCCUGGUGCACGGACUCCUACAGCAGCGAGAAGGAGACGCACAGCGAGCUCUGCCGUCCAGGGGAUCAUGUGAUCUCGCGCUUCCGCAGCGAGGUGGAUCGGAUGAGCUUCGACACGCGGAACGCCUGGAGGAUAUCGGAGAUCAACGACAAGUACAAGCUAUGUUCCAGCUACCCCCAGCUGCUGAUGGUGCCAGCCUGGAUCACCGACAAAGAGCUGGAGAACGUGGCCGCCUUCCGCUCCUGGAAGAGGUUUCCAGCCGUGGUGUACAGGCACCAGAGCACGGGGGCGGUGAUCGCCCGCUCCAGCCAGCCCGAGGUCAGCUGGUGGGGCUGGAGGAACGCCAACGACGAGCACCUGGUGCAGUCCAUCGCCAAGGCCUGCGCCGUGGAUAGCAACUCGCCAACGAGGUCCCUCGCCAACGGCUCCUUCUCCCGCGACUACGCCAACGGGCCCGACCUCUCCGACGUGGAGUUCGACUCGUCAAUGACGAACAGCUCCGAGGUGGAGUCCCUGGCCAGCCAGCCUCAAAAGCUUCUCAUCUUGGACGCCAGGUCGUACGCUGCAGCGGUGGCCAACAGGGCCAAGGGUGGAGGUUGCGAGUGUCCAGAGUACUACCCUAACUGUGAAGUGGUCUUCAUGGGCAUGGCUAAUAUCCAUUCCAUUCGCAAGAGUUUCCAGUCUCUGCGGUUUCUCUGCGCCCAGAUGCCCGACCCUGCCAACUGGCUGUCGGCUCUGGAGAGCACCAAGUGGCUGCAGCACCUGUCCCUGCUGCUGAAAGCCGCGCUGCUGGUGGUGAACGCCGUAGACCGCGACCACAGACCCGUCCUGGUGCACUGCUCCGACGGCUGGGACCGCACCCCUCAGAUCGUGGCAAUGGCCAAGCUCCUGUUGGACCCUUACUAUCGUACAACUGAGGGCUUUCAGGUACUGGUGGAGACGGAAUGGCUAGACUUUGGUCAUAAGUUUGCGGACCGCUGCGGUCACGGGGAGAACGCAGAGGACCUGAAUGAGCGCUGCCCCGUCUUCCUACAGUGGCUGGACUGCGUGCACCAGCUCCACAGACAGUUCCCCUGCUCCUUUGAGUUCAACGAGGCCUUCCUGGUGAAGCUGGUGCAGCACACAUACUCGUGUCUAUUUGGCACGUUCUUGUGCAAUAGUGGGAAGGAGAGAGAGGAGCACCACAUCCAGGAGAGGACAUGCUCUGUGUGGUCCCUGCUACGCCCGGCAAAGCGCUCCUUCAGAAACAUGCUGUACUCCUCUCACUCGGAGACCGUUUUGCACCCCGCGUGCCACGUGCGCAACCUGAUGCUGUGGACAGCAGUGUACCUGCCCAGCUCCUCGCCCACCACCCCGUCCGAUGACUCGUGCGCCCCCUACCCUGCGCCCACUGCCAACCCCGAAGACCAGCCCCUGGCCAGGCGUCCCAAGACCCGAUCUUUCGAUAAUCUGCCCGUUGCGUGUGAGGUCGGAAGUUCUCUCGCCGUCAACAGGCGCUCCAGCGACCCCAGCCUCAACGAGAAGUGGCAGGACCAUCGCAGGUCCCUGGAGCUCAACGUAGGGGUGGGGCCUGACGGCGCAGCGCCCCAGGAUGCCGAAGGGAGGGCCAAUGGCCAGCUAGGCACAGGACACAACAGAGCCACGCUCGACAGGGAGGCGGACGAAGGGGAGGGGUCUCGGGAGGUCAGUUACGUGACGCUGCCUCUGGGGGAGGGCGUGGAGGCGGAGCUGUCGGUGGCGUUGGGUCAAAUGGAGAACAUUCUUCAGGAGGCGGCGGCAGACAGCCUCAGAGACGUUCAGAUAGACAGUGCUGACAGCCCCGCUGAACUCGCAGGGGCUGAGGAUCAAAGCAGCGCCGGUGCCGGGUCCGUUCAGAUCGACGGGAAGGCUGUUCACGGCGGCUCUGAGAUGCAGACGGACAGCAACGGUAAGGAUGGCAACGAUGAAGGUCCAAAAGACGUCCGUGUGGAGGCCGCGAAGGAGGAACCGUGUACGCCGGUGUCUCAACUACCUCACACACUGGGGGUACAGAAUGCACCGGAGAGCCAGGAACUGGACGUACAGGCGGAGGAGAUCCUGCAGAGCUGCACCGUGGAGCAGGAUCUGAACCUUCCGCACCUCAUCAGCCCCUCUCCCGCCCUCAGGACAAUGAAUAAUGGCCGCGGGGAGGAGGCCAGCGCUCUCAACUCGGCCACGGAGACGCCAGAGGCCCUGGAGCAGGCCGACGAGAAGCAUCUCUCCGUCCUGGAGAGCUCCACGGAAACCCUCACCGAGGACUUGGGCGUCCGAGCGGAAACUCUCGGCGCGGCGCCCGAACCCCCGGCCCAACCGCCGUGCCUUGCCCGCGGCCCCCCGGCGGAGGCCGAACCGCACCCCCACCGCAGGACUAUGAACGGUGACGGCUCACCGCCCCUCAGUGCCUUCCCGCCCACGUCUGCCUCGCCCGACACCCCGGCCCACCCCGUGUGUAACGGGGACCCCCCCGAGCCGGAGCCCGCCGCAGUGCUGUCCAGCAGACGGGCCAGCGCCGAGCGGGCGCCCCUCAGCCGCCAGCUCUCGCUGGCCAGCUGCGGCUCCUCGGUGGCGCCGGCGCCGCGGCCCGGCCGCUCGCACCGCAACUGCCCACGCUCUGCGGCGCCGCCCCCGACCGGCACACCCGAGCCACCAUCGGCCCGCGGCCACCUCGACGACGACGGCCUCGCCCUACACGCGGACGCCGUGCAGCAGCGUCUGCGCCAGAUCGAGGCCGGCCACCAGCUGGAGGUGGAGGCUCUCAAGAAACAGGUGCAGCAACUGUGGAUCCGGCUGGAGAGUCAGCACGCCACGGCCGCCCUGCGUCUUAACGGGGACCUGGGAGACGAGGUGACCUCAAUCACAGACUCGGACUUCAACGUGGAGCCCAACUGCCUGUCGCGGUGCAGCACGGAGCUCUUCUCCGAGGCCAGCUGGGAGCAAGUGGACAAGCAGGACACAGAGGUGACCCGCUGGUACCCCGAUCAUCUGGCUGCCCAGUGCUAUGGCUGUGAGAAGGGAUUCUGGCUGGCCACUAGGAAACACCACUGCAGAAGCAAGGAGCAUGUUGAGGAGGCUUGGAACUGCGGCAACGUGUUCUGCGCCAGCUGCUGCGAUCAGAAGACCCCCGUGCCGAGCCAGCAGCUGUUUGAGCCCAGCCGCGUGUGCAAGGCCUGCUACGGCACCCUGCAGGCCGUGCUGCCAGCGCUGGAGCUGGAGCUGGAGAAUCCCAUCACCGCCAGCUCCAACUAGACCUCCCCCCCCCCCCCCGCUCCCCGACGCACAGCCCGAACGUGCCGUGCCCGACCGACAAGGAGCUGAGGGCCAGACCGUAGAAGGUUCCAUACACUUACUGAUGGCAAAGCAGCAAGAAUCUGCAGGGGGUCUCUCUCUCUCUCUCUCAACCCCCCCCCCCCCUCCCCAUAAGGGAAGUGUGUUAUUGUGUGUGUAUAUAGAGAGAGACGUGUCCGGUUAAGGUCACGGCUUUGGGGGACAUGGCUGGGAAUAUUCUAAGCACUUUGGCUGACUCAUUUGUGAGUGACCGCUAGCUAGUGGCAGUGGUUAGUUAAGACACGCACAGAUAUUUAGUGAACUGCUGAACGUAUUUCGAGGAAGGUACGGUCAGACUCCGACCGUGCGGAGAGCGCGAGGCCGGCCUGAGGCGAGGGCCGCGGGCCCCGACUGGCCAUCGGCGGCGUCCUUCACAAGAAAGCGCAGUUCUGAAGCUGAUCAGAAGGCUUUUUCUUUUGACAGGAAUUUGAAGCCUCAUCAUCUCACUAAGAUGUGGUUUUUGGUUUCAGUGCUGGACUAUGGUGCUCCCGGAGUGAAAUGAAGAAGUUCUCCUGUCUUUUGUUUUGAGUGUUCCUGUAGUGUUGCUUUACAAGAACCUUUUUUUUCAAAGCACUACCAGAUAUACAUUUUAAUAUUUUUUUUUUUUUAGGUCUUGAAGGAACAGGUGGGCUCAAAAACGAAGGACGUGGUAUUCAUUUACAAUAUUGUUUCGGCCCUUUUUUGGGGGGGGGAUUUAACUUCCGUUCACAAAACACUCGGAAAGGUUCUCUGCAAGCAGGUGGACCAUCUGGAAUUCGCUACCUCCACUGGACUGGGAGCAGUCGGGCAGGUUGCACCAGGCAGGCAGCACGCUCAGUGCCUCCACGUCUUUGGCUGCCUGCGAAAAGCAGCCAUGCCAUUCUAUCCCAGCUAGUGGGCUUUACGGUCCGCUGUGUCGUAUCCUGGGCCCAGUGGAGGAGACGCACAGUUCUCACUGGACGGCCCCCGGGCCCGCCUACCGCGUCACCUUCUCUAAUGCGUUUUUGUAACAUAUUGCAAAACAAAUUUAAAUAAUAUAUAAGAAUGAAAUGAAUAGAGCCUUUAAGGAAGAAACUGUAUAGAAUUAUAUGGCUCGUGAGAGUAGUCACCAGAAUGUUAGCUCUGUUUGUUUUCCUGAGGUCUAGACCUCCAAUUCUAUUUUCCCGAGCACUUAAGUAAAAAAUGGCAAAGAGAAAUUACCAUAUGAGGUGAGGGGCGCCCUGGCAGGAUUUUCCAAAAUAUUUGUUUUUGGCUUUUUUUUGUUUGUUUUUUUUUGAGUUUUAUGUUCAACUCUUGACCGUUCCAUCGCCACGCAGGAUAAUCAGUGUUCCAGGAGAGGAGCUCUGUGUUGUGACCUAUGAGCUGCCUAUGCAUCGAAGACUGACCCCAACCAUACACACAUUCAAAUCUUUUAUACCCUGGUGUAGGGGAGGUUGUCAUCUUUUUGAAACUACCCUAACAGAUGACUCCCAAUGGACUGGUGUCAGAAAGUCUACAAAUGCUGGCAGACACACCUACCCACACACGGCCGGGGUAAGAGAACAGGUGGGAGGGUUCCAGCGGUUGCUCUGCUGGACUGGGGGUUUCUCCUGGGCUCAGUCUGAAGGUGUCGCUGUCAGACAGAGUAGAAGGUGGACGCUCGAUGCACGAACGAAUUAACAUCAAUCCGUGAAUGUGAAAUUUUGAUUUUGAAACCGAGAGAAUGACAUGGUUUAUUACUUUACACAUUGAUAACCGCCAGAAAUGGACACUCUCUCAAACCUGACAAUAAAUCUGAACAUGGAACUCCUU